AUGAACAGCUUUAACUGCCAGUGUUUGCCUGCAUUUAGAGGUCGAUAUUGUCAACUAGGCGUUGAUGAGUGCCUAUCAAAGCCAUGCCAUAAUGGUGGUACUUGUCAGAAUUUAAUCGGUGGUUAUAAAUGCACUUGUCCGCCAGGUGUCACGGGCUUGUCAUGUCAGAAUAUAAUCGAUCAAUGUGCUUCUAAGCCAUGCCAACAUGGUGGUAGAUGUAUUACCUCCAUUAAUGCCUUUGCGUGUGAUUGUAGUGGUACUGGUUAUACUGGGCUAGUCUGUCAGUCGGAAAGUGAGUCUAUACGGUUUAUCAAAUGGCCAAAAUACGAGUAUAUAUCGCUGUUAUAA